AUGGCCGUUGAAUCUUGGCAACUGCUGGGCGUCCUCGCCGCCGCCUUGGUCGCCUUCAUCGCGUAUUCGCAAUCGUCGCGCAAAUCGAGUCAACUAGAGCUUCCCCCAGGCCCUAAACCACUCCCAGUCUUGGGAAAUGUAAAAGACUUCCCUCCCGAUGGCACGCCUGAGCAUCUGCACUGGCUCAAGCACAAGGAUCUCUAUGGGCCCAUCAGCUCCGUGACGGUGAUGGGCAUGACGCUCGUCAUCGUCCACGACAAGAAGAUGGCGCACGAUCUGCUGGACCAGGUGGCUAGCAAGACCUCCGGGCGCCCGUCCAUGGUCAUGGCGAAUAAGCUCUGCGGCUACGAGUCUAUCGUCGUCUGCCAGGGCUACAACCCAAUGUUUCGCCGCUAUCGCAAGUUCCUCCAUCAAGAACUUGGUACCAAGGUCUCCGCGGCGCAAUUUCGCGAUGCGCAGGAAAGCGAAGUUAGUCGUCAACUCGUGCGGGCGCUGAGAGAGCCCGAGAGAUGGUUGGAGCAUUACAAAACGACUGCUGCCGGCACUGUCUUGCAGAUGGCGUAUGGCUACAUCAUCGAACCUCAUAAACCAGAUGCCCUGGUGCAGAUGGUGGACAAGAUGAUGACGGAGUUCUCUCUUGCUGCCAGUCCGAUGGCUUGGGCUGUGGACAUCAUUCCCGCUCUGCAGUAUCUCCCCGAGAACUUUCCCGGUGCGACCUUCAAGAAGACCGCUCGCAAGUGGCGGAAGUCAAUCCAGGCGUCAGCUUAUAUUCCGUACGAGUUCGUCCAGCGCCAGAUGGCCGCAUUCACGAACAGACCUUCAUACGUUUCCAAGCUCAUUCAACAGCUCUCAACAGACGGCAAGCUCAGCCAGGAGGACGAAGAAGCCGUCAUCUGGACCGCCGCGAGUCUUUACGGUGCCGCAGCCGAUACGACGGUCAUCACUCUCACGUCUUUCACACUAGCGAUGCUCAAGUUUCCUGAGGUUCAAAGGAAAGCCCAAGCAGAGAUUGACCGGGUCGUCGGAGACAAGCGCCUUCCUUCGCUUGACGACCGUGAGAAUCUACCUUACAUAGACGCCCUGGUGAAGGAAGCCAUACGAUGGUGGGUCGUUGCGCCAAUGAGUUUCCCGCACACGACCACGGAGGAGUUCGAGUACAACGGCUACCGCAUCCCGAAGGGCGCCUUCGUCCUCCCCUCGGUGUACUGGUUCCUGCACGACCCGGAAGUCUACGCCGACCCCGACUCGUUCGAUCCCGACCGCUUCCUGGCACCACGCAACGAGCCCGAUCCUACCACAGAAGGCUUCGGGUACGGUCGCAGGAUAUGCCCGGGGCGUUUCUUCGCCGACACCAGUCUCUUUUUGAACAUGGCGCAAACCUUGGCAGCGUUCAACAUCAACAAACCGGUUGACAAGGAUGGCAAGGAAGUUGAGGUGGAUGUGAAGCCAAAGGCUGGUGUUUUGACGUACCCAACGGAGUUUCAUUUUAAGGCCACACCGAGAAGCGAGAAUCACGUCGAGUUGAUCAAGCAACUUGAGAAGAAACAUCCAUUCGAGGCAAGCGAUGCGGGGCUUCUCCAGAAUCCGGAGGACUUCGAGGUUCGAUACUAA